CAUGCCGGGGAUGGACACAUAGGAUAACAUGCCGGGGAUGGACACAUAGGAUAACAUGCCGGGGAUGGACACACAUAGGAUAACACGCCGGGGAUGGACACAUAGGAUAACAUGCCGGGGAUGGACACAUAGGAUAACACGCCGGGGAUGGACACAUAAGAUGACACGCCGGGGAUGGACACAUAGGAUAACAUGCCGGGGAUGGACACAUAGGAUAACAUGCCGGGGAUGGACACAUAGGAGAACAUGCCGGGGAUGGACACAUAGGAUAACAUCCGGGGAUGGACACAUAGGAUAACAU